CGGCCACUCACAGUGGUCCCGCAGCAUAUGAAAAUAGACUGUGUUCAUGUGAAAUUGGACUACAGUAUGCGUUUGUAAGAUCACCCCAGGCUGUAAGAUCAUUUGCUUGAAAACACAUUUAAUCAACUCAAUGAGUCAAAAGAUGUCAAAACCAGGUGUGUGACCCGCGUCUUGCAUCGCUGUUGCAUUGACCCUCUAGUGGAUGCAUUCAGCCACUCUCCUUGCAGGUCUGGGCUCAGAUUCACACCAAAGCUUUACUUCUACUAGUUUCUUAGCGAACCGCUGGAGCGGACGGAGCGCCAUGCUUCGUCUCCUCAGAUUUUGCAUAUGUCUGCCGCUCCUCUCUGCGCAAGAGGUGGAUUUUGACCAGGCAGACGAGGCCUGCGAGAGCGAGACCUGCCAGGUCUCGCUCCGGCAGCUGCGCGCUGAGAAGCUCCAAGCGCUCGGCCUCAGCGCCGGAAACGCCGAGGCUUCCUCGGCCACGGCGCAGACCGAGGCCGACAGAGGCGAGCGGACCGAGGCCUUGGGCCGCUGGUACGUGGGCCUCGCGCACGGCGGACGAUGGACAGGUGGCACCUGCUGGUGGCAUAAUUGUGCAGCCAGCAGAGGUCCCACCACUUGCCAUCACUUCCGCUGCAUUUGUCAAGAUGGCUACGUUGCGGCGGGCGGGAAGUGCUACCCCUCCUCCGCUGAGCCCAAGACCCACAUGGGCCUGCGCCGUACGGGUGCCUCGUGUAGCGUGCGGGGUUACUGCGAGCCUUCCGAGGGGCCUGCCAUGUGCAUGGAGGGCUAUUGCUUUUGUUUGGAGGGCUCCGUUUUUGAGGGCGGCAAGUGCCAAGAGCCUACUGUUUGGGGCAUUGAAGAAGGUGGCAAAGGAAGCGAGGGCAGCGAGGGCGAGGUCACCGACGCCAAAGGCUCUGACUCCACGUCCACCGCGGUGGUCACGACCACGGAAGAGCCAGAGGAUAUGGAUGAGCCAGAGGUUGAUCCUGAUUGCGGCAUCCCCAAAGCGGGCUCCGACUGCUUCAAGAAGGUGAAGUGGGCCAUGAGUGAUGGGAUCUAUGCCAACCCAAGUUGGUAUCCCGGUGUGACGCCUCAAUCGCCCUUCACCAAGUUUCAGGACUCCCUCUACCGCAGCGGAGAGGGCGGUUGCCCCAGGCCUUGCAGCGGCGGGCUGCCGGAUGACCCGCUCCACUUUCCCAAAUCGGUGCUCACGCGCACGAAGCGCGGCAUCAAGCCACCGAAACACCCCUUUGAAUACAACGGCAUUGAGUGGCCCAAGAUGACCAUCCGCGGCACCAACACGCACGUCUUCGCUGUGGGCGACUGGGGCGGCCUGGCCGGAACCCUGCCACACAACAGUCAGAUCAUCCAAUACAAAGGCGGACAGACCAUGGGGCCCCACACCAUGGGCCGCUACCGAACUGACGCGAAGACGCACGACCUGACCUGCACCACACCGGAGAUGUCGGAUUGUUUUGGCACCAAUGGCACUGACUGUCCCAAACGCUGUGGCUGGCUCAAAGAUGUCGAUGUCCCUGCGCAACAUUUGGUGGCGGAUCAGAUGAUCAAGCGGGCCAAGGAGAACAACCCGGACUAUCUCCUCAAUGUGGGCGACAACUUCUACUGGGGUGGCAUUUUCGGAAAGUGUGGUGACACACCCAUGUCGAAGG